AAAUAAAUUGGUCCCAUUCUCUGCAUGUUUUCACGUGUCCUGCCAUCUCCAUUGCCCGUUAAUUACACCAUCAUGACCAUCAGCUACUGCAUUGGAUUCUAAAAAAGACCCACCAUGAUACCCCUUUCAAAAAAACAAAUACAUUAACAAGUAUCAUUUUCUUCCUCUCUAAUUCCCCCAUUCUCACAUACACUCUGUGUAUAUUACAUCCUUUUCAUUCUCAUUUACUAUUAUAAGACAGUGACUUCACUUUCUCUCAAAAGUGUGUGUGUUUUUGGGCUUGUCUCUUCGCCCUAUCUUCUCCUUCCAUGAUACGACAAAGUCCUUGAUAAAUGAGAGAGAGAAGAGGUUGGUGUUGUAGUUUUGUGACCAUGCCACUUCUUUUUUUUUUUUUUCUUCUGUGUGUGUGUGGGUUAAUUUACAGUGCCAAAGUAAAGAAAAGUAGAUAGCAAAACAUAACACAUAAACAAAAAUGUUUGAAGGAGUACCAGACCAAUUUCACCAAUUCAUAGCUUCAAGAACUUCUUCACUUCCUCUCCCUGUCUCUUUCCCUCCUCUUCAUGGCUCCUCCACUAGUAGUAACACUAGCUUUUCUAGUUUUUAUCAUCCUUAUACUACUGCGACUACUAUCACUAAUUCCCAUCAUAAUCAACAAGUACCCUUACAACACCCAAAUUUCUUGCACUCGUUGCACCACAGUUCAGACCCCACUGGCAAGAAUCAUGAGGACAAGGAAGAGGAUAGCAUGGUGGCUAUGAAUUUGGAGAUUGAAAGAGAGAGAUCAAUUCAAGAAUCGGUUGAUCCGUGGUCUAAUGAUGAAGUUCUUGCUCUAUUGAGGAUCAGAUCUAGUAUGGAGAAUUGGUUCCCUGAAUACACUUGGGAACAUGUAUCAAGGAAGCUUGCAGAGCUUGGGUUCAAAAGGAGUGCUGAGAAGUGCAAAGAAAAGUUUGAAGAAGAAAACAGAUACUUCAACAACAUUAAUUACUCCAAGAAUAAUUACAGGUUUUUUGGUGAACUUGAAGAGCUUUAUAAUGGUCAUAACAAUCAAAACCCUCAAGAAGCUGUAGCUGCAGAAAAGAACAAAAAGAUGGACAAGGCCAGCCAAAAAGAAGAAGACAAGAUUGAACAGAACGUGGAAGAAGAUUCAAGAGUUGAUCAAACAGUAGGAAAUUACCCAACUGAAGAAGAUAAUAAUGGGAAAGAAGUUGAAAAAUCCAAGAGCAAGAAGAGGAAAAGACAGAUAAAGUUUGAGAUGUUUAAAGGCUUUUGUGAAGACAUUAUAAGUAAAAUUAUGGCUCAACAAGAAGAAAUGCAUAAUAAGCUUCUUGAAGAUAUGGUGAAGAGAGAUGAAGAGAAAGUAGCAAGAGAAGAAGCUUGGAAGAAGCAAGAAAUUGAUAGGAUUAACAAGGAACUUGAACUUAGGGCACAAGAACAAGUUCUUGCAGGUGAAAGACAAACAGCAAUAAUCAACUUCUUGAAGAAGUUCUCAUCUUCAUCAUCAUCAAGUAGUUGUUCUUCAAUUGAGAUUCUUCAACAUUCAAGUGCACAUGAUCUUCUUAAGGUACCAAACAGUUCAAAUCCUUCAAGUUCAUCUUCUUUGGUCAUAGCACAUAACCCUAAUCCAACUUCUCAAACUAAUAACCAAAGCAAACCCGAAGCACCUACAUCAACCAGAAUAGCUUUAGGCCAUCAAGACUCUAGUCCUGCACAAGCCAAAAGCAAGCCAGCUAAACUCACUUCAUUGCAAGAGAAGCAAGCACCUCAAAUACCUAGUUCAUCUUCAUUCUCUAUAGCUACUACUCAAAACCCUAAACUUCUCAACUCCCAAAGCAACCCAUUAGCACCCAGUUCAUUAUCAAACGAUAUAUUAUAUAAAAAACCUACAACAUCUAAUAAUAAGGAUGACCUUGGUAAGAGGUGGCCAAAAGAUGAGGUUUUAGCAUUGAUAAACCUAAGGUGCAGUCUCUGUAGCAGUAAUGAAGAUAAGGAAGCAACAACAGUGAAAGCUCCUCUGUGGGAAAGAAUCUCGCAGGGGAUGUUGGAAUUGGGUUAUAAAAGGAGUGCAAAGAGAUGCAAAGAAAAAUGGGAGAACAUAAACAAGUAUUUUAGAAAAACUAAGGAUGUUAACAAGAAAAGAUCUGUUGAUUCUAGGACGUGUCCUUAUUUUCAUCAAUUAAGCACUUUGUACAAUCAAGGAACACUAGCAGCACCGCCAUUGGAGGCGGGGAAGGAAAGGCCGCAGUCGGCUUUGCCGGAAAAUCACACGGCUAGCAAGCUCAAUUCAUCCCUGAAUAAUGGCUCUAGUAAUUCAACAUUGCUUGGCAAUGAAGGGGAGAAGAAUCUAGCUCAAGCAUCAGGUUUUGACUUUGAAUUCUAAAUUUUGCAAAUUUUUAUGUGGGUGUUAAUUAAAUUUAUGCUAUAAUAAUGGACAAAUAAUUAGAAGUUCUUUUAAUUAAUUUAUUCGUUUGGUUUAUUUGUACCACUUUGUUAAACUUUGAUAUUAGAUAAAUAGUAUACAUAUAUAUAAAUCUUUCCUCA